AUGUGUGGGCUGUUGACCCUUCCCUGGUGGUCACUGCGGUGCUUCUCCAAGCCAGGAGCAGCUGGGUCUGGCCCCUGUUCACCGAGACCCCUCGCCAGCCAUGUGGAGUGGAAACCCAGAGCUCUGUCCGGACAGCAGGUCACGCAGGUGUGUGUGGUCUUGCAGGUGGGCACAGCUUUCCCGGGUCCCAGAGCCUCGCUGGGCACCUGCAGAUAUCGGGCUGCAACUGGUGUGGACACCGAGAAGGAAGAGGGCAAGCGAAGCCCCUUAGAGAGCCGCCCCGCAUUCGGGGCCUGA